AAUAAAUGCGAAAAAUUUAAGGCAAUGCAACGCGGUAAAAUGGGUAAAAAGAAGAACGAACAGCCAGGUAUGUAUGCUAGAUAUUUUGGGAUUAUUUUAGAAACGUUUGAUUGUUAAAUUUGUGUGUUAUUUCUCACGAAGUUGUCAGAGUCAGUUGGGACGCAUUUCACUAUUUCAGUACAGUGAUGAACACAACACCAAAAUUCGAGGCUAAAUUCGAUAUUUAUAUAUUCAUUUUUAGAUUCAAAGUGGCGACAUUCCGCUGAGGCGGUAGAAAGGGGGAAAGUGAGCUAUAAUUGCAAGGUCUGUCUGAGUUUAUUUGUGUAUUUUUUCAACAUAUCUUAAAUAUUUCAGCAUAUUAUUCUUAUGAAGCCAAUAUUUUAUAUGAGCUGAUUUAGUGCCUUUUCAUUUCUAUUUUGCUGUUUACUACUUUUACUUUGGACUAUUAAAACCGAAAACCUACUGUUUUAAUCUGUAUAUUCUCGGUUGCUGAACUAUUUCCACAUUUAUAUAUAUAUAUAUAUAUAUAUACUGUAUAUAUGCAUGAGGUUUGUGUGUAUUUAAACCGGGAAAUUGGCAAAUCAAAUUGCGUAAGUGUUUUCUUUCUAUUGUUUCGCUUGCCCAGGGAAUCCCAGUGUUGCAAGUUUGUAUAAACUUUAGGCAAUUAUGUGAAUAUUUGAUUCUUAAACUGUGUUGCGUGAUAAAAUAUGGGAACGAAAUUAGGCAAACAAGAAUGUAAACAUGGCUAAAGCGAUUUUUUUUCAUCUCAAUUUUAAUAUAACCUGUCAUUAAUAUGCUGUAAUACUGACCACAUAAACUGAAUUCACACGGUUUAUCGCUUCAAUGAGAUUAAUAUGAAAGUAUACCCUUUAUUAAUUCAAAAGUAAUUCCAUAGAGCACUUUUAUUUCAUAAUAUCACAGAACACUUAUAUUUAAAUAUUUUCUUUCUCCCAUAAUCCCAUUUGAAUCAACUUUGAAAUUUGAAACACCUUGGCAUAUUACCAAAGACAAAUAACAAGUCACAAUAUCAGACCUCAAAUUCAAUUGUCCAUUUAAGGUGAUUAUGUGCAACUACUUUGUGCAGGCUUCAUGCAACAAAGAUAAUGUGCAAAACUUGACGAUUGUAGGGCAUGUUACACUUUGCAAUUUUAUGUGCAAUUAAUGUAAUGUUGCAGCAAAAAUGUAAGACAAUAAAAAUAAAUUCAGUCCCAAAAAACACAAAAGACUUGUGUAAAAAUACUAAAACAAUUAUUCGCCUCAGGCUCGGUGAUUAUCAGGGAAUAUCCCGGAUAAUCACCUCACCUUCGGCAUAUAAUUGUUAAAUAUCAUGGUUCCUCUGGACCAGCAAAAAUAUGACCGCUAGUACUACUUGGCAGGUUGCAGUUGAUUUGCAGGUUAAUUGACUUGAUGUAAUGAGGCAGGCUUCCUAAUGGCCCACCCCUAAAUUGCCUGGGUUCUUUUCAUAUGAAAAAACACUGAAAUAUAAAUAGAAGGUCCUAAGGUUUAGGAUGUAUACCAACUAUACUAUAUAUACAAGCAGAACUGGGUUAAUUGUUGUGGCCUUGUGGGAAUUCAGAAUGUGUAAUUGCGCAGUUGUUUUUGCAGAUUUACAAACAAAAUUAUUAGUUCCUUACAUCAGGUAUGACAUGCAGUGGCCAUUUAAUUAAUUAUUUUCAGCUAAUCUUUCUCUUGGGAUGUUUUCAGUUCAAUAAAAAUCUGAAACCUUGCUUGCCCCCUCCACAAUAGGAAGAGUCUGGGAACUAGUAAGGCUGGCUGUCAAUCUUACCUCAUCACGCAGAGAACACUCUGAUACCGGAAUAUAUGAUUACUCAGUGCUACUAAUUUAUUCACUAAUUAAAAAUUUGCAUGCAUACUGAAAGAACAGAUGAAAUUAAGCCAUUCCCCAUUUUAUAAUAAAACCAGUGUUCUAAAUGGUUCUAAAUAAAUAUCAAUGCUGUGCUUUGGCAUCCAUGGGUUUGAUUCUUACUUUGGAAUGAAGACAUUCAUGGGAAAACACUCUAUAUCAAAAGUAGUAUAUUUUUUCAUGUACUGAGUGGUUCUAGCCACUCACUGCGUACUCUCACAGUUCCGUAUUUCGCAGUACAUUAAUUAUUUUCAGCUAAUCUUUCUCUUGGGAUGUUUUCAGUUCAAUAAAAAUCUGAAACCUUGCUUGCCCCCUCCACAAUAGGAAGAGUCUGGGAACUAGUAAGGCUGGCUGUCAAUCUUACCUCAUCACGCAGAGAACACUCUGAUACCGGAAUAUAUGAUUACUCAGUGCUACUAAUUUAUUCACUAAUUAAAAAUUUGCAUGCAUACUGAAAGAACAGAUGAAAUUAAGCCAUUCCCCAUUUUAUAAUAAAACCAGUGUUCUAAAUGGUUCUAAAUAAAUAUCAAUGCUGUGCUUUGGCAUCCAUGGGUUUGAUUCUUACUUUGGAAUGAAGACAUUCAUGGGAAAACACUCUAUAUCAAAAGUAGUAUAUUUUUUCAUGUACUGAGUGGUUCUAGCCACUCACUGCGUACUCUCACAGUUCCGUAUUUCGCAGUACAUUACGGGCUACCAGAUGAAAUAGGAACCAUACCCAAAUUAAUCCGGUUUCAUUUGUUGAUUAUAUGGGAAUACAUACAGUUAGACUACGUUCUCACAAGACGUCAUGAAUUCAGAACCCCCUGGUUCCAUUUGUUCACAGCAUAUAUAAUGCAUUGAUUUUCACUUCAUCGUUUAUGUAAGCCUAGGUCUUUUCAGCGUUAUUGAAAAUGGACUAGAGUUCAUAUGUCCUAUAGUGUGUGAAAACACAGUGAAAAUGACGAUUGUACGUUUUAAAAGAGGUCAGUGCUAAAAUGCUAUCAAUUACUACAGUACUAUGGAGCAGUGGAUGAGUCAGCCAGCAGGUUAAAUUUUUAACAAGGGUUAAUACUAAUCCAGCUCUGAACAAUCAGUCCCAGAACGUGGAAAUUAAUAUCACUAUUCUUGAUAGCUUUUUAUUGUCUCAUUGUAACAAAAACUGUAUAUACAGCAGUCAAAUGACUCUGCUGCCCAGUGCUGCGUGAAUGAUAUAUUUGUGAAUUUGUGGAAAAAUGGUUUAUUCGAACUAAUUGUUAUGUUUUAUAGUUCUGGGGCAGCACACCUGUUAAUCAGUCCAAAGGAUCUGAACUAAUAAAGGAAGCAAUUAAAAAGUUACAGGUAAAUUACACCUACUGUAAAAAUGAUAUUUGAUUUGAAAACUUUUCCCACUUUUCAUAAAAUGUAAUUGGUCCAUUUCUUGAAUAGUUUUUUGUGCCAUCGAUUACCGGUAGUUUUCUUGAGAUUGAUUCUAUCUUCAGUAUGGUAUGAUUGUUUAUGCUUAAGUAAUGUUUACAUUUUUUUGUUAUUGUCGCUACUUGACAUGCGCACCACGGCAUGCAUGCAUCUUCCGGUGUGUGGAAGUACUUUGAUACUCAUGGAUACUGCAUGUAAGAUACAGUACAGCCAAACGAAUCUCUGUGGAGUCCCCUACUUAAGGUGGCUUUUCGACUAAAAAAUGACUGUAGGGCCCCUUUAAGAAUUUAGUGUUAUAUUAUAUUAUAUUUUAUUAUAAUGGCAACUAUUGGCAAGCAUCAAUUCUGGUGGAAUGGCGGACUGUGAUUGACCGAAAAGCGGUCCAUGCGUCCAUUAUUUAAAAUAUUGGCAACUACCUGUAUUGGCAAGCAUCACUUAUGGUGGAAUGGCGGACUGUGAUUGGCCAAGAAGCGGUCCAUUAUUUUCCCGUAAUGGACCGGCGGUCCAUUUUGUAAAAACAAACGCACACAUUUUAAAACAAAUUAAAACAGCAAAAACUAAUUGAAAAUUUGAAAAUUAUAAUUUAAUUUGUUAUUGAUAACAUCUGCAAAUGGUUUUAAGUGGAAACGAAGGAAUACAUUGGUAAUUUUUGUUUUCUUUGACCAAAUGUGUACCACGCUAUUAAUAUGCAUUUCAAAUCAUGCAUUUCUUGUUUGUUUCAAGUAUAAAUGCCUAUAAAUGCCAUAUAAUAAACUUUUUAUUAACCUCGCUUGCUCAGUCUUUACAGAGAAAUAUCGGACCUCUGUCUUUUUGUACAAACCUCUCUGUACAAAAAAGACCUCGGUCCGAUAUUUCUCUGUAAAGACCUCGCACUUGGUUAAUAAGAAGUUAAUAUUAUAUUGUAUUGUAUUGUAUAUAUUGUAUUGUAUUGUAUUGUAUUGUAUUGUAUUGUAUUGUAUUGUAUUGUAUUGUAUUGUAUUGUUAAUUGUAUUGUAUUGUUAAUUGUAUUGUAUUGUAUUGUAUUGUAUUGUAUUGUAUAAUAAAGCCAAUCAGUCAAAUUAAUUUCUAUUAAUUAAAUUAAUCUCUAUUACUCUACUUCUUAAAGUUUGCCAAUGACAUCAAGAAAAGUGAGGAAGGUUUAAAAGCAAGCAAACUAAAGAAAGUGGAAUUUUGUGUUUCCACACAAAACUUGAUUCUGACAGAUGCAAAAUCAAAAGUAUGUUCCAAUUAUUUUUAUCCUUUUACUGAAACCAAAUACAAAACUACAGAAAAUUUUAAUAUGUAUGGAAUUAGCAUGUAUCCAAAUAUUUCCGAACCUGCCACACCCCAACCUCGUUCCCAGGGUGAACGAGGUUGCCCACACCCAUCUGAUUUGCUUCAAAAGCGGAUUCCCCAAUUCGAUACAGAUGACUGGCUUUUUGCGCCCGGAGCAGAAUUUUUCUUUGUCUUGUGAUUUCUCGAGUGGAGACAAAGAAAAAAUCCGCUCCGCAUGCAAAAUCCCGCCUAGUGGAAAACCGGCUUAACUAAUGUAUUUUGUGAAAUCCAAAAUUCAUUUUAUGGGGAUGAGGAAUAAACAUAAAGGUUACAUUUAGAUGAAAGCUAAUUGCUUAAAGAAUAUUACCAAGAUAAAUGUAUGGUCACUUCUACACAUGCACUGUGCACAAACAUUUAAGUCACAGAAUGAUUACCCAGUAGCAGACCUGUUCUCAUGGCUAGCUUUCUGACCAUGCUAUGCAAUUUUUUAAUGAUUUGCAUUAUUCAAACCUAAUUAGAAAUGUAUUGUCUUUAUUACUUUAACCUAUUUGGAUGCAAGUUUAUUAGCAUAGCAUGACAAGUUGCCAUGGCUAGCUUUGCCACUGUAGAACAUGCAGAUGUGCUACUGUUGUUUGUAGCAUGCUUUAAUAUGUUACUGCUAAUGUUAUUUGAAUAGCUCAAUGAAAGUUGUGCAAAAAUGAAAUGGGCACAAAGAACAAAUUUUACAGAAGGUGUGCAAAAACAAGUACAAAAUUUAAAGGGACUUGGAUCAUAAUCAAAUAAGAUAAUAGUUAAACAGUAGUCAUUGUUUUAAGUACAUUAUUCUAUUUUGUUUUUGUUAGACAACUCUGUACAGCUUUCCAUUGCAACGGGUGUCGUACUGUGCUGAUGAUAAGACUAGCAAGAAGUUGUUUGGUUUCAUUGCCAGAGAUAAAGAAUCUUCACAACACCAAUGCUACAUCCUUGAGUGUGAGAAGAAUGUAAGUUGAUACAAACACUACUUUUUCUCUUCGUUAAAACUAUUACUGUACACCAUAGACAAUCCAGAAGACAGUCUUCUGGAUUGUCUAUGUGUACACAUAACAACGUUUUUGACUUGUACAUGUACAUGUACAGAUUUAUAAAGCCUUAAAGCCGACUGGAAAAACCAGGAAACAUUGUUGCUAAAACAUUUGAGAAUUCAGAUGUUUUUUCAAGUAUUUCCCUGUUUGCCCUGACCCUCGAAAGCAUUGUUGUGGAAACACUUUGUUUUUCAAGUUCAAUUGACAUCUCGUAAACAUCGUUUUCUUCAACCUGAACAUGACAUUGCCACUGUUUGUUGUAAGUGACCAAUUUACUCAUAAGGAAUUGCGUGAAAGAUUUCCAAGUUUAAUCUCGAAUGGUCGGUGCCAGUUUAGGUACCAAUUUUUGCUGAUGUCAGCAAUUUUACCCGUAAUUUCUACCCGUUUCCCCGCGGUAAACCGUGGUGUACACGUAAAAGACAAACGGGUACGGGUGUUUUCUGUUCACUAGUUUUGGGCUGUUUAAAUAGUACAAAUUUUCAACUUCUUACCCAAAUAAAUAAUGCACAUAUGCUGGUCAAAGUAUUCAACAAUUUAUGGCGAACCUCAACAGCGAAAGUUGCCAUUCUCUGAUCGGUUUUCUCACGCCGGAGUAUCUUGGAUUUCUUAAGUUACAAGUUAUUCCCCAAUUUACGGGUACUGGUACGUGUAUAUCACCCGUACCCGUAAACCGGAAUCGGGGUAUCUUAACCUCUCUAAUUACUGCUAGUGAAUUGUAUUGUGUGUACUGUAUGUAAUUUUUGUAGGCUGAGGAAUUAACCUUGGCUGUUGGGCAGGCAUUUGACUUAGCAUACAAGCGGUACAAAGCAAAUCAGACUGGGCCUGGGAAAGAUGUUAAUCAAAUGAAACAACGAGUGGAAUCAGCAGAGAAGGAGAACGAAGCAUUAAGAAAGAAACUUGAAGAAAUGGAGAAAAAUCAAAAGCAAGAUGAAAAUACUCCCCCACCAUUGGCAUCUGUAGCUGCUGCUCCUGUUAGUCAGGUAUGUAGCAGGUUUUCUUUCUCCGUAUACUGUACUGUGUUUCCAUUAGUCAAUAUAUCGUUGAUAUACAACAUGCUGUUACAUGCUUUCCUUCUUUUAGUAAAAUUGUACUCAUUGAGCCUCAUGGUCUGGUUUCCUUUUACCACCUUCUCUUGUUUUAUUGUUAGACUAUAGAACUGGUUUUCUAAAGAUAUCCCCCAGAGGCCGGUUGAUCUAAAGCCAGUUUGCUUAAUCCUAGCUUAACAAAAACUUCAAUAGCUAGUUUACAAACACGGAAAUAUUUUCCGAGAAAUCUUGUGUGGACGAAAACAUAGCUAUUGGUUUGCUCUAGCAAAAUACAAUACACACGUGACGAUGAACCGACCAUUUUUAGCAUAAACCAAGACACAAACAUAGAUAAUGAGGUUUAUUAUGUCUGCAUCGAAUUCCCCAACCUUAUUCUAUUGACUAUGUAUAGUCUUGUUAGUGUAAUAUAUUUUUGUGAUCCCGUUGUUGCAGAACAAUAUGCAGGAAAGUAUGGCGCAACCACCAGCACAGCAUACAUUUGAUCCGUUUGGUGAGAGUGCCGCACCAGCAUUUCAAUCUUCGUCUUUUGACAUCCAAAGUCCCCCACCUUUCCCUGCUGAUUCUAGACCCUUUCCCCCUGGUGUUGGAGCCAACCCCUUCGCAAUCCCAGGACCACCAGAAGCUCAAGCUGCAUCGAACAACAAUCAUGCAGGCGGUGAUCUACUUGAUAUAUUUGGCGGUGAACCACAAAUUUCAAGCGCGCCAAGUCAGGAAGAUGAUAUAUUUGAUCCAUUAGCUCAAAUCAAUGGUACAGCUCAGGAACUACCACCACAACAACCAAACUUUUCAUCAUUUGAUCAGCCACAAGCUCCAGCACAAGCACAUUUUUCGUCAUUCGAGCAAGCACCGCCCCAGCAAAGUGAAAACCUUGUAACAUCCGUAUCUCGACCAAAGCCAGCGUCGGUAGCUGCAGGAUUGUUACCACCUCCUCCAACCAAGCAAAGUAUCAAGGAAAGAAAUAGAAAUUCAAACAUUGCAGGUAUGCUGUUAUAAUGCUUAUACAGUCCUCAACUACAGAUGAAAAUUUCAUUAUAAAAUUAUUGUUGUCUUUGCAAUUCUCCCAUGAAAGAGAGAAUUGCUCCUGAAGUCAUGGAUGCAAUGGAACGUAGUUAAUAGAAAACAAUAUGAAUGGAAAGAGUCGCUAAUUUAACGCUCUGCCGAAAGGUGAGGGUGUUUUCGGGUUACUCUGGUUUUCCCUCACAGGAAUGUCUACAGGAUUGGUGAGGAUAUACAUUGCAGCAGAUUCACGAUCACACCAGCAUUCGUUGUACUUACUGUAGAUAAAAACACCGUAUUAGUUUGGGAAUAAAGGUUUUUAGGUUUUCAACUGUUUCUUUUGUGUUUAGCUGACGAAACAAACGGCGUGCCUGUUUAUCAUGGAUCAAACAUGCAAGCUGAUUCGCAAGCAGUACAAGAAGUGCAG